UGACGAACGUCAUAAACAUAAACCCUUUUAAUUAUACAACUUUCCGUCUUUUCUUGGCGUGGUUAUCUUCUUUCUCUUUGGAAUAAGAGCUACUAUAGUAGUUUAUACCAUGCCUUUAACCUGAUCGAUACUCUACCCUUCCGUCGCAUUAUACCCUACUAUACGGCGUCGACAUGCUUUCACCUUCUCUGUUUAUACACCUAUAGAGAUUUAUAUUGGGACAUAGAUGGAUAGCUCCGAGGCGGAAGACGACGCCAUGAGGCGAGAGCUACUUGGGCUCUCCGAAAAUUCAUCCUACGAUGGGAACGAUAUGGAUGAUUCGCUCGUGAGCCGCACACGUCGCUCACGGGGCACAAGGAGUGAACCUCCACCGAGGUCUAAACAGUACCCUAUUCAGGUCGUCCUGAGACCUCCACCAGAUCCGACUGAGUAUCAACGAAUAGAGCCCAGUCAGUCUGUUGAAAGGGUGCUCGGCGAGAUAGAGGUGGAAGACGAAGUUUUCUAUAGUGUCGAGUACGACGAUGGAUACAUAGAAAAGGUUGCUUAUGACGACAUACUGCAGCUGCAGAACGGCCCUGAGGCUGCACAACAGUUCCAGCAGCAAAGAUAUGUAGAUCCUACAGUCUCCGCUAGAUCCACUAGCAAACGCCCUCAUUCUGAGGAUGAAUAUUAUGAUUCUUCGGAUACCGAUCACCGCCGUAAGAAAAGGCAAAGGCCACCGGCCCGGCUUGACUAUGUAAGCGCUCGACACUCCGUGACACGCAUGUCGGGCCAGAUAUCUGGACGAGCGUCGAUGGAGAAUGACCAAGCCAAUGGCGCCGUAGAUGAAUGGGAUGAAGUAGACUCUAAAAACCGCUAUUCCGACUUUGUUGGUCCUUCCGCGGGAAGAAUUACCAGGUCUAAGAACCCGGUAUUUCGAAGCCGUCAGGUGCAAGAUGACUCCGAGGAUGAGUUGGCGCAGAGCGGCCCCACCGCUAAUCAGGAUGACGAAGACGGCGACGAUGAUUUUAUCCCAAUCGUUCGCUCUGAUAUUAACGGUGCGACGAGAACUUCAUCGCGCAAGAGGCGAAAGCCUAAAACGUUGCACAAGCCUAUUCAACGCUUAGAUAGCGACUCAGAGAUCGAAUUUGAGACUCGCAGAUCAACGAGAUCAAACAGACCCGCAAAGAGCAUGCGGGAUCCCGACAUCGAUGAAGAUUAUGACGCAGUAGAAGACUAUGCGCCAUAUGUACCUAAGAUUGCGGCGAUCAAGGAGACCUUUCAUGAGGUCUCUGAGGAAUCUGGACUAGGAGAAGUCCAUUCAGCCGUAUGCGAAACAUGCGGCACUAUGGCGAGCCACGGAAAAGGGUCUCUUAUCCCAUGCCAAGGAUGUUCUUACUCCUACCAUAAGCUAUGUAUCGGCAACAGAUCCCAACGUGAUCAUAGAGUAACCAAAGUCAGCGAGAAUCAAUUCGUUCUACAAUGCAGAUUCUGCAUUAGAUCAUCCCAGAAGGAUAAACGGGUACCUGAUUAUUCAAUUUGCCAGACUUGCAAGAUCCCCGGUCUCUCAUGUGCAGAAUUCUCGACGAAGAAGACUCCAAAGCAAGAAGAGAAAGCCAGACUUGAAAACGGAGGAGAAGAUCCGAUCACACACGUCCAGCCUAAUCUAGUUAACAACGCUGCCAAUGUGUUGUUCCGAUGUUCAACAUGCAAGCGUGGCUACCAUCUUGAGCAUUUGCCUCCGAUAGACCCCGACCGUGUUGGUAGCGGAGAUGUCCGAUAUGAUCGGAUUCACGAAUACUCACUUGAGGGAUGGAAAUGCAAAGAAUGCUUAGAAGCUACGCACAAGAUCCAUGCACUGGUUGCUUGGCGACCUGCCGAUCAGAGCAGCUACCAGAAUGGUCGAAUAUGCGAUGAGUUCGGUAGUGAUGAGAUCGAAUAUCUGGUGAAGUGGGAUGGUCGGUCCCACGCCCACGACAGUUGGAUGCCUGGCGCUUGGGUCUAUGGUAUAGCUGCAUCAGCUAUGCGCACUGCGUUCCACAAACGCGAAGAAAACAAGUUCCCCAAGAUGACAAUAGAGUCUGCGGUUGAGGAAGAAUGGGUGUUGUCCGACGUCUUCCUCGAAGUUAAAUACCGACGCGGCUUUUCCUCUAUCUCCAAAGAAAAGGAUUUGGCCGGUGUUAAAGAUGUGGUCUCGGUAUUCGUGAAAUUUCAAGGCCUUAGCUACGAAGAAGCCGUCUGGGACGAGCCGCCUCCUCGUAGCUCAAAAAGUCGUUGGGAUGCGUUUAAUGCCGCUUACGAAGAGUUCCUAAAUGGAAAAUACUUCCCUUCAGCUAACGAAGAGAAGAUGAGACAACGUGUUAAGAUAUAUCGAGGUCUCGACUUCAAGACCGAGUGCGAGCUGAAGACCCAACCCGUAUGCCUCAAGGCAGGACGUACUCUAAUGCCCUAUCAGAUGGAGGGUGUCAAUUGGCUCCUUUACAAUUUCCAUCAGCAGGUGAACGUCGUUCUCGCCGACGAAAUGGGACUAGGUAAGACGAUUCAAAUCGUCUCUUUCGUAAGCUCGCUCGCCCUAGGACAACCAAAGUGCUGGCCAUUCCUUAUCGUUGUCCCUAAUGCCACCUGUCCCAAUUGGCGCCGUGAACUCAAAGAUUGGUCCCCCUCACUCAGGGUUGUGACAUAUCAUGGCGGCAAAGCGUCUCAAGAGUUGGCCUACAGACAUGAGCUUUUCCCUAACGGGGUUAAGGAUGGAAUGAAGGCACACGUCGUCAUUAUGUCCUUCGAAGCAGCUAGUACCAUCAAGGGUACAUUCCAAGGUGUCAAAUGGGCAGGUUUAAUCGUGGACGAAGGUCAAAGAUUAAAAAACGACGAGACGCAGCUUUACAAGACGCUAGUCGACUUGAACAUCCCUUGUAGGAUCUUGCUAACAGGCACGCCUCUACAAAACAACAAGAGAGAACUAUUCAAUCUUCUACAGUUCAUCCAAUCCGACUUCAACGCCGAGAAGAUGGACGCUGAAUAUGGCGAGUUGACCAAGGAGAAUCUCCCUAAACUCCAUGAUCUAAUACGUCCCCAUUUUCUACGACGUACCAAAGUUCAAGUUCUGAAAUUCCUGCCGCCGAUGGCCCAGGUCAUUGUCCCCGUGACCAUGACAGUUUUGCAAGAGAGGUUAUCGAAAUCCAUCAUGGCUCGAAAUCCCGAGCUAAUCAAGGCCAUCGUUUCCAAAGGGAAGAUGAAGGCCGCCGACCGCAAGAAUUUGAGUAACAUCGUAGCAGAUCUCCGCCAAUGUCUUUGCCAUCCGUUCUGUUUUAACCAGAACAUCGAAGACAAGGAAGCUGUUGGAGAGCAGAUGCGGCGGAACCUAAUUGAAGCAUCGCCAAAGUUCAUGCUUUUAGAGAUCAUGCUUCCGAAGCUCAAAGAGCGAGGUCAUCGCAUAUUGAUAUUUAGCCAGUUCUUGCGUUGCCUUGACAUCCUCGAAGACUUUUUGAACGAGCUAGGCCUUCAAUAUGGACGAAUCGAUGGUAAUCUCAGCGCUUUGAAGAAACAGAAGCAGAUCGAUGCGUUCAACGCCCCUGAUUCCCCGAUGUUCGCAAUGCUCUUAUCAACUCGUGCCGGAGGUGUUGGUAUCAAUCUUGCCUCAGCAGAUACAGUCAUAAUAUAUGACCCGGAUUGGAAUCCGCAUCAAGAUAUCCAGGCUAUCUCUCGAGCUCACCGAAUCGGUCAGAAAGAAAAAGUCUUGUGUUUCCAACUGACAACGAAGAAUACGAUUGAAGAGAACAUAAUGCAGGCGGGCAGGAAGAAGAUGGCCCUCGAUCAUGCUCUCAUCGAGAGUUUGGAUGCCGAAGAUGAUGGCAACCGUGAUUUAGAAUCAAUUUUGAAGCAAGGUGCCGAAUCUUUAUUUAGCGAUAAGGACAAGGUCAAGAUCACGUACGACUCAGCAUCAGUUGACAGAUUACUCGAUAGGAGUCAGAUGGAAAGUACAAAUGCUGACGACGAAACCGCUGAGACUCAAUUCUCGAUCGCUCGUGUUUGGGCUAACGAUUCGGGCUCGCUGACGAACAAUUUCGAUACUAGCGAUAAGGUCGCAUCGGCAGCAGACGCGAGUGUUUGGGAAAAUAUUCUCAAAUUACGAGAAGAGGAGCAUCAACGAGAGCUUGCCGCCAAGCAAGAGGUGUAUGGUCGCGGUGCCAGGCGACGUGCAAAGGGGGUUGAUUACAACAACGGCCAACAACCGGGACCAGAUAGUGGUGGUUCCGGUAUUGACGAUGACUUAUACACCGACGCCGGUAUCGAUCCUGACAACGACGACGAUGAGGAUGACGAAGCUUACGGAGAAGAAGAGCGGGCGUUAUCCAAGAACAAAAGGGCCAAAGCACCGAUGCUCGCAACGACCACACCUUCCGCGAACCCGACCGCCGCAUACGUCGCAACAGCACACGGCGAGCCUCUAGCAAUGGCCAAGGAGUUAGCGACGCAGGCCAUCAACACUUCACACGACAAUCAUCGCAACAAGAAUCAUCCGGCAGGCGCAAUUCCGCAAGCCAGGGCAACACCAACGACAACAUUGCCACCCAAUCAACCGAUGUCAUGGACGCAGAUACCGCCGCCCCAACGUCCCCAACUUCAUACAUCGUUACACUCAAAUACACACCUAAAUCCUAAUGGUGUAGUUCCGAUGCCCAAUCGAGUAUUGCCUUCUUCGACAAAUAUAUCCCACCCAAUCUCGAAUGCAUCCCCGUCGAUACCUUCGCAAAAGGCAUUGAGGUGGAGGACUCAAAUCCUCACACCACAACCACAACCACAACCGCCACCACCUAAUAGCCAACAUUCGAAUGGUUUGACAACUUCUCUCCAUUUCCCUACUGACAUAAGAGGGUGUUGCUUAAUCUGCAAGGCCCCACACCCGCCUAACAGGACUUGCGUUGAUUUCGGAUCACAAAUCUCACUUAGGAUCGCAAUCGAUUCUCUCAGAAUUAACGGAGACCAGCCUGAUAUUCGGGCAUUCCGAGAUCUACUUGUUAAUCAGCUAAGACGAAUUUCCGGGGGGCAAUAACGUUGCUCAUGCCGGAGUUCGUGGCAAACCUCUGAUGAAGACGCAGAUUUCGUGCAUUGGACCUCCAACGGAUUGCCUGUAGAUAGCUAGAUACCUCACUGCUUGCUCCGGAGGAAGGAAAGCAUGCUGCCAUUGUUGCUAUUGGCCACGUUCUUCUUCUACCUUAGCAUGAUACAGGCAGAUAGUCAAUGCACUUGUAUGAAUUUAAAAGGACUACCCCCAUAUUUGAUUUGCAAGUAAGACAUUCCCAAGGGUUUUUGUCUGCUGUCCAACAUAGAUACCUAGGUGUAAAGGCCGUUUGUCACGUGGAAAACACAAGACAGAGCUGCAGGUAACCGUAUUAUGCACCUAACCUUAUUUGAGGUUUCUCGGCAAACGGCUGUGAUAGUACUAGAUAAUGCGUGUAUGUGUGUGCGUAGGGCAUGGAUAGGUGCGGUGUGUGCGUCCUAGCUUGCCCAAGGAGAAGAAAUGGUGUUAAUGUUCCUUUUAAAGAGUCAGCUUCUUUCUCUU